GAGAGAGUUGCUCGUGCAGGAAGCGUGUUCAGUGUUCACUUCACCUCACACAUGUAACGUGGCAGCCAGCGAUGGCAAAGCUUCUCAACAAGUGAAGCGUGUUGUCUUCAGUUCCCCGAAGAAUCGCAGCAUGGUGGCGGUGAGCGCGGAGAGCCCCGUGGAUCAGUACCGGACGCUGGCGUACGACACCGCGCUCAGUACUUUACUCGCUGUGCUGGUGUACGCGGUGGUGAAGGUGAGCCUGGACGGGAUCCGCCAGUGGCGGGCUCGGAUCUCGGUUCUGAUCGUGGGCUCGGGUCCGAUCGGGCUGACCGCGGCUCUGGUCGCUGUCCGCUCCGGUAAGGUGCUGAAACUGACUCUUCUGGAUGAGCGCUACCGGAGCGCGCUGCUCUGCAGACCGCAGCAGAUCGCGCUGGACCCCCGCAGCGUGCGCUUCCUCCUGGACCUGGGGGUGGAUUUUGACAACAUGGAAGGCUGCUGGCACAACGAGCACUUCUUCACCAAGAUCGGAGUGUUUCAGGAGUAUUUGUUGAGCAUCCUGGAGCAGAAGAAGAAAAAGGUGGACGUGAAAGUCCAAUUGGGUACAAAGUUUAGUGAGGAGUACCUGAGGAAGAUGCCGAGGGGUGAAUGGCCGCGGGUGAUUGUAGUUGCUGACGGUUCGUGUGGAGACUCCUGCUCUGUGCUGGGCAUCAGUUCUGAUUACAUCGUGGAAUCAUGUCGUGCUUAUGGCGCCAAUGCUACUAUAGAAAGACCAGACCAGAGGCAGGUCCCUACACCAGAGAUCCGUGCACAUAGUUUGUAUUUUGAUCUAUCGGCGUACGGGAUCGACACUGUGAAGGAAUCACACUCCUCUCAGCCAGCAGCGAAGCCUGGAUUCCACCUGAAGAUCUACGGGACGUUCAGGAACCGCUGCAUGGCUCUGGCCUGCACUUCAGACGCAGACUCCAAAAUGAUGCAUUUCCUGCGCCACACGGCCAACUCUUCAAUCAUGAAGAACAUCUUCCACCAGUCGUUCAACGCGUAUAAGACCGACAUCGAGCCGCGUCUGAGUGAGCUCACGCCGCACCACAUGCAGUGCAGCCGCAAGCUGUUCCAGAUCAUGCUGUCCUACAGACGCGUCAGCGCCGCUUACAUCGAGGGAGACAACGUCGCCGUGACUGUGGAAGGAGAAGCUGCACGAGUGCUCAACUUCGACACUGGUUGUGGUGUGAAUCUGGGCAUGAGAGGACUGGAGUCUCUGGGAAUGUUCAUCUACAGAACGGCCACAGCACUGGACCAGAACGACGUGUUCGAGGCGCUCUCGGCCAAAAUCCAGCACUCCAGACACGUGGCAGAGACGUUCAGGAAGAGCGGACUGGCCUUGGCUGUGUUUGAAUGACCCUGAGCGUGUUUGUGUGACAGUGUGAGAGUGUGUGUGUGUGUGUUCUGAGGUGAGUCAUAAACUGUAACACGUAAUGCUUACAGAAUCAGGAUCUGUUUUUGGAAUGUUGAAUACUCAGUGCACCUUAGAGUUACCGAAGUUUGUACAUUAGCAUUUAAUUUGUGAGGGAAAAAGUUCAUUGGUGUAAUGUGAUGGUAAAAUUGGUACAUUG